AUGGUUGCAAAAUUAUUUCUUGUACUGGAGAUUCUGGCAGUUUUGCUGAUCGAAAUAUACUGCAAUUGUCCCAAUGGUGCUACUCCUACACCUGCACCCGGAGCUACUCCAGUAAAUGGCCCUGCUUCUGCAGCUUUUAUUCCUGUUGACAAAUAUCCUAAUCCCAGAAGGGAUGAAUCAGUCGAGGACGCAUAUGCCUGCACCAAAGUAAAAGAUCCGUAUAGAUGGAUGGAAAAUUUAGACUGUCCUGAGACCAAAAAAUUUCUCGAAGAUGAGAUCGCCAUUUCCAAACCUUAUCUAGAAAAGAGUCCGUUUCGAGCCGAAGUGCAAGCUCGCUACAAAGAAGUAGAUGAUUACUCUAUAACCUUAUCGCGUAUUUUCCAACAAGGCAAAUAUUUUUUCUCGUUUCGAAAUACUGGCACACAAAAGCAAGACGUGAUUUAUGUAUCGGAAUCAGUGAAAGAUGAAGGAAAAAUAUUCAUAGACCAGAAUUCAUUCAGCAAAGAUGGUUCUGUUAGUAUUGGCUCUUUUUCAAUUAGCGAAGAUGGACUAAUUUUCGCAUAUUUGCUGAUGAAUGGUACCCCUGAUUGUUAUUCGAUGCACUUCAAGCAUGUGGAAAAAGGGGAGAUUUAUAAAGAUAAGAUGGACAAUAUCUCAACAUUGAAUUUACAAUUUGUGAAAGAUAAAGGAGUAUUUUACACAUUUAUUGCCAACAACGGAAACGAAUUCAUUUUCAUAUCAGAUAAAGACCCCGACAAAAAGAGAAUAUUUUCUGUUGAUAUCACAAACCCGGAUCCGAAAUCAUGGAAAGACACUGUACCUGGCGCAAAUGAUAAAGAUAUAUUAGAAUGGGCUGCCCCGGCAUACAAUUAUUUGGUUCUAUGCUAUACUCGGGAUGUUAAGAGUGUUCUUCAAGUGCAUGACAUAAUGACCGGUAAAAUGAUCAAGACACUCGAAAUAGAUAUUGCGACUGUAGACGGAUCUACUUUCUUCGGAGACAGAAAAUUUCCGAAUGCAUUUUUCUCCGCAGAAACAUUCCUUUCACCUGGUAUCACUUAUCACUGUGAUUUUUCUAAGCCAUCGUUCGAUCUUGAAAUCAUCAAUGAAAUCAAGGUGAAGAAUUUCGAUCGUGAGAAAUUCACCGUCGAACAAGUUUUCUACAAAAGCAAAGAUGGAACCAGUGUGCCCAUGUAUAUUGUCUAUAAAAAGGGCCUCAAAAAAGAUGGAAACAAUUUCACGUUUUUGUACACACUUGGCAGAUACGGCGCCACCAUGGCACCUUAUUUCCGUCCAACUCGAGUAGUAGUCAUCAGUAAUUUCGACGGAAUAUACGCCAUGCCAAGUGUCAGAGGUGGAAACGAUUAUGGUGAGAAAUGGCACCAAGGUGGGUCGCUGGAGAAAACACAAAAUUCAUUUGAUGAUUUUGAAGCCGCCGCUGAGUAUUUGAUCGCUGAAAAAUACACUAAUAGUAAAUUAUUGGCCAUCGAUGCUGGAGGAAACGGAGGUCUCAUAACGGGUGCUUGUCUCAAUCAGAGACCCGAUUUAUUCGGCGCUGUUAUCUGCGAUUUAGGCACGUUUGAUAUGUUACGAUACGACCAAUUUCCCGAUGGAAAGGACUUGGUAGCCGAUUAUGGUGCGCCAUCCGAUCCUAAAUUCUUUCCUAUUUUGUACAAGUACUCUCCUUUACAUAAUAUCAAAAUUCCUGAAGGUGGUGACAAGCAAUAUCCAGCUACCAUGGUACUAACUGAUCCCAGUGAUAAAGAAUCGCCUAAACAUGGGCUGAAAUUUAUCGCCACCUUACAAUAUGAAGCUAAGAAACACACCAAUCAGAAAAACCCUUUCAUAAUACAAGUUUUACCAGACACCAGUCAAGACAACGGCGCAGCAUCCACUACUAACGUUUAUUUUUAUUAUCUUAGUCACGUCAACCAAAUGUAA